AGCGACUUCCGCUCGCGGGUUGUUUUGGUAGCUAUGACAACGAGCUUUUUCCAGGCUUGUCUUAAAUGGCUACGAAAAAGAUUUCUUUCACCGAGCCUCACCGAAAGUCUCUGAAAUGCAAGGUUUUUUUGGACAUUAACAGAGUCAUAUGUCCCGGCGUGUCCCUGUUUAAGAAAGGCGACAUCUACGUCAGCGUUUGCAUCAUGGGACAGUAUCGGAGAACUUCCUGCUUGCCGCCACGCUUCCCACUGCACUUCCGUCAGAGAUUGUUUUUUGAAAAGACUUUCCCCGGCGUUGUUGACCCGGCUGCUGUGGUUGACCUCCUAAAAGCUGACACAACAUAUUUUGAGCUGAUUCAGUUGGCGUUUCCAGAGUCCAAGACACUUGCCACCAUGGCAGAAAACAGCUUAUACUUCCUACAACCUGGUCCCACUGUCACUUCCACUGAAGAUGCUGCACGGAGAGAUGCACAGAAUGCUGAGAGAGAUGCUCAGAUGAUGGCAAAGUCCUCCAGACUUGGUGGAGUCUUGCCCAUGGUGGCGUUUUCCGUGAUGUCGUUCAUUGAAGAGAGCGGCGGAUCACCUGACAGGGAGACUAACCCCACGCGUCGGAAAGCGACGUCGGAAGGGUCUUCACGAUUGUCCAAAUCUAGACGUUCUCCCUCUCCGCCCUUCUUCCGCCAUAUUUCCCGCAAAUAUGUGGGACCAGGCUACCAGCAGCCCACCGUCGCCUCCAUGUCGAGGGCUCUGUCCCCGUACACCCAACGAAAAAUGUGCCAGCUGUCCAUGGAUCCAGAGCAGAGGCUCGGUCACCUUCAGCUCGGGCCAUACUACUUCAGGAAGGAGACGGCGAGCCGGCCUCCAUUUCUGGUUUCGACUUCCAGCAGUUGGAUGGAAACCUUUCCCUCGUCGCCGCAGGGGAGUGGUAUGCACUGUUGCCACACGGUCAGCUUCCUAGAUGACGACACAGGUGCCCUCGUUGGCCCUUUCAGACCCGGAACAUCCAGGCAGGCGGGGUCACGUUCUGUGUGGUCGUCUCCUGGGUCGUCAUUCAGACAAGGUGACCUGACCCGGAGUCCUCAGAGGAAGGCCUCCGCCUCGACUGUGUCUCAGUAUAGAAGCCUUGCGACAUCCAAGCGCUCCCACAGGGAAAGGCUGCAGACCAGUGAGUCCAGUCCAUCAUACUGGGAGCAGAUCCACAGCCGGGUCCAGAGGAUCCUGCUGACGCACAGCGUGUCGUUGGACCCCGGGAGUGACCUUUAACCUUCUGGUCAGAGCCGGACGUAACAAAAACAAAUGCUGUUAAGUACAAAGCAGACUCUACACACACAGACACACACAGGAAAACACACACCUCGUUAACCCGCAGAUCCCCGUGAGACUCAGGCAUUCCAUUUCCCGUCCAUUUGAUGGUAAUUCCCAUCUCUAACGGGCCCGCUUGCAAAGCCGCCAUGCUGCAGGGGUGAUGUUCAAAGCCAAGACGAGACAUUUGUCUUUUGUCUCUCUAAAGCUGCAUGUGAAUUCAUGUGGGAAUGAAAAGAGCGGCGUGGUUAAUGCGUGUUCGUGUGCGUGUGCGUGUUCGUGUACGCGUGGGAAGGAUGGAAGCCGCAGAUCAUCACAGCACACGCAGGUAGACAAAGGACACAAAAGGAAUUGAUACAUUAGGAGAAAAGCAGCAUGGCUCCAAAAUGCCAAAAAAGAAAUCUUGCUGUGUCGUUCAUGCUAAUAAUUAAAAAAAAUAAAUGAUGCCAAAGCAGAUUGAGUCAAAAAAACAUCAAAAAUAAUAAAAAUAAUUGUUAGGGUUCGGGUUUAGGAACAGAGUUAUGGAUUAGGGUUGGGAAGGAGGGUUGGGGUUAGAGAGGGUAGGAUUAGGAUGGUUAGGGUUAGGAAGGAGGGUUAGGGUUCAGAGGUUAUGGUUAGGACAGAUGGUUAGGGUUAGAUUAGAGAGGGUAGGGGUUA